AUGCCGAUUGCCAGUGAGAGCACCACCCUGAACUCCGCCGUUACUACCACCAUGACAACAUUUUCCGCCCCAGUCACUGCACCUCGAUCGAUGCCCAACAAUCAGUCUGCGUUGGCCGCAUCCUUCACCAAUUUCCUCACCGUCUCGAUACACCAGAUCCUUUUUCUUCGUUCGGUCUACCCGCGAGCGACUUUCUUGCCCGUCCGGGCCUACAACUACCCUGUCCGACAGUCCCGUCACCCGAAAGUGUGUGAUUAUAUCAAUGACGCGUCAAUUGCGGUCGGGACAGAGAUCUUGAAGGGCACAAUCACCGCAGUCAGUAUCAUCAUUUCAUCUCUCCGCACCAACCAGCCCCUCGAACGAUAUGCCUUUGAUUUGUCGGGUUUCCCCCGCGUCCCCGCUGGAGAGGUCAACACCACCUUUGAAGAUAGAAAGGAAGAUUCAUCCAAGCCAGGUGCCCCCUUGCCGGAUCGGGGUUCCGCUCCUCCGACAGUCGACCUCGAGGCGCAAUUCCGGGCCUGCCUCGCCAGAUUGGCCUCCGCUUGUGCCCGGCUGACUCCUUUGCCCCGGGACGACGAAUUCAGUUUCACCGUCUGCAUCGAAGUUCGGGAAGAUGCCUUGCCCCCGGCUGGUACUACGACAGAAGAACAGACGUGGAUUGUGGCAGAACCGGGCAAGGUGCAUCUCCGGUCGUGUACCGCACCAUAUUCCGUUUCCAAACUGCGAAACGGCGAGCCGCAGCAGCCUCCUCCCAGAGUAUCGAAUGGUCGCGCCAAAACGGUGCCCGUACGACGUGUAGAAGCGGGUGAGCUUCGUCUGGAAUUAUGGGUGGAAGAGGCACGACAGAAAUUUAAUGAGCCGGUGGAUUCGGAACAUCCGCCAUGA